AUGGGUCUAAUAUUGAUCCCAUUCUUCAGUGCCUUGGCUGUAGUUAAUGGCAGUUGGUGGCAACCCUUCUCCUUCCUAGCUGCCACUGACAACCAACUUGAAACGACUGCGCCGCCUCGGAAGGAAAUUUCAGAUCUGGAUGACUUCAAAGAAAUUCUUUCAAAAUCUAAAUUUCUGUUGAUUUAUUUUUAUUCUGAAUCAUGCAAAUAUUGCACAGAAUUUGAGAUAGAUUUCCAAUAUUUGAAUCAGUUAUACAGCAAUAAUGAUGAGAUAACAAAUCAAUUUCAAAUCCUUAGAACCAAUGCCAACAAAAAUAAAGUUUUAUCAGAAUUAUUUGGGGUAAAUCUGUACCCCAGUAUUAAAUUAUUGAAUUUUAAAACUUUGGAAAUAUUUAACUUUGAUAAACAACGAUCACUUGAAAAUUUAAUAGAAUUUAUUGGAUCACACACUCAAGUGGAACCUAACUAUAAUACUUUCAAAUCUUCGAUAAUCACCUUAACACAAUCGAAUUUCCAAGAAUUUUUAUCCUUCAAUGGUAAAGAUAAAUUAAUUGUAUUCAUAGCAUCAUACAUGUAUGAUUGGAAGAAAUAUACUUAUCCACAGCAUUUUUAUCAAUAUUUUCCUGCAAAAUACAAUAAUAUAGAUUUUGGUAUAAUUGAUAUUGAAGAUGAAGAUUCUUCAUAUCUUCGAGAAUAUUAUAAAGUUAGUAAUUCACCAUCAUUAGUUUAUGUCGACAAAGAACUUGAAAAGAUUAAAACUUUUCAAACUAUCGCCCAAAAUCAUUUGACAAAUAAGAGAUUGACAGAUGAGAAUUUACAAGAAUUUAUUCUUAAUAUUAACAAUGAAGAUGAUUCUUAUGGGACUUGGUAUAAAGAUAUUUCUAGUCUUCAAGAAAGUGUUGUUGGAGAGUUUGAUGGAUAUAAAAACAUGAAACUGCAUGGCUUUAAUGUUGGAUCUUACAAGAGCCAUCAAGAUACAAUACAAUCAUUAGAGGAUGAAUUCAAUGAGAUUCUUCUCUCAAAUGAAUUAUAA